AUGGCUCCUUCCCUCAAUCUCAGUGCAACUUUAAACAUCACCAGAUUAUUAUACAAUCCCGGCUUAUGCCUCCCUCACAUAACUUUCAAAUCAUUUGACCAAUUGGCUCUUCCAUUUCAAAUACCUACGCAUCCAGAUGUCAAGAUAAAGGGAGUUGUAUUGGACAAAGAUAAUUGCUUCGCAAAGGACCACGAUGACAAGGUGUGGCCAGACUACGAUGCAACGUGGCUGAAACUCAAGUCACUUUAUCCACGUGAGCAUAUACUCAUUGUCAGCAAUUCUGCUGGGACCGACGAUGAUAAAAAUCAUGCGCAAGCAAAGACUUUGGAAGAGAAUACAGGUGUCAGUGUACUUCGUCAUUCCGUAAAAAAACCCGGUUGUUUGGAUGAAAUCAAACACUAUUUUGCCGACCAAAACAUCAAACCCAAUGAAGUGGUUGUUGUUGGUGACCGAUUAUUCACUGACAUGGUGAUGGCCAAUAUGAUGGGAAGUUGGGGUUGUUGGAUAAGCGAAGGUGUACAAUGGAGUAACAAAGUGUUUCCUAAAUUAGAGAGGGACUUGUAUCAGAAAUUGGUGCUAAGUAGAAAGGAUAAUCCCUGGACGCCACCAAUUCCUCAAACUACAGACCAACCUCAAUCAAACCUAUAA